UGCCAUGGCGACGAGGCGACGCGGGGCUUCGGCCCUGGGCCAGUGUGCGAGCGCCGUGUGUGAGGGUCGCCAGGACGCGGCGCUCGCUCUGCACGGCCUCUGGCACACGGCCGGGACAGCCAGACCUUGCCUGGCUGAGUUCCUAGAGCUCAACCUGUUUGGAGAGAACAAGGCAACGCAGACGGAGGCGAGCGACAUCUGCACUCUGCAGGAGCUCCGGGCCACCGUUCGCACGCUCACGCUGAGGCUGAGUGAGCUGAAGCAGGAGCUGCAGCUGCAGAAGCGCUUACUGAGGGCCGAGUACGAGGAGAACAUUCGCGACAAAGCCUCAGAGCUGCACGCGGCGCUCAACCAGAAGCUCAGACAUUUGGAGACGCUGCACGAGGAGAGGCUGAACACUGCCCGGAGGAGUUUCCGACAGCAGCUGGAGGAUGCCCUGGUGCAGCGCGAUGGUGCACAGAAGGACUCGCAUGGGCAACGAAAGGCAGAAGGAGGAUGCCCGGCUGGCUCGGACGCGAAGCUGCAGCUGGCGCGGCUGCGGGAGCGUCUGGAGGAGCAGGAGGCACUGGUGGAGCGGCUGACACUGCAGUUGGAGGCUCUGAGGGAGGAAGAGGGAAAUCAGCCCUCGCCCACACCGCCGGUGGACACCACGGAUCUUGAAGAGGCCGCACGUCUCGCUGAGGAGAACAUGGCGCUGCAGUUGGCCUUGUCGGCCCUGCAGAGCCGCGUAGAGGCAUCUCACAGUGCAUUGCUGGCCAAGGAGCAGCAGAGCACGGAGCUCGAAAGUGAGAUAGUUAAAAUGAAAGAGAAGAUGAACAGGCAGUGUUUGACACUGCAAGAGGAGCGCGAUGGACUGAGGGCAGCGCUGGAGAGGGAGCAGGCGCUCCACAGCGCACAGCUGCAGAAACAGAGAGAGAGCCUGGAGAAGGAAGCCAAGCAGAGGCUGUCGUCGAUGAAGAUGGAGCUGCGGGCCGAGAAGCAGAGGACAGCGGAGGCCGAGACACUGGCCAAGCGAGAGGCGGCGGAAAAGGAGGCGAUGGAGUCGAAGAAGAUGGAGGCGGAGCGAGAAUCCCUGUCCCUCAAAGACGCUCACCGGGCUGUCGAGACGGCGCGCGCCAGCGCCGCGGCCAGGGCCUCUGCUAAAAACAAACGAGAGUCUCCAAGAAGCUGGGAAGGAGGAGCGGAGACGGAAGACCAGAGGGCCCAGAUCACACGCCUCCGAAAGCAGCUGGAGAGGACAAACAAGAUGUGGGAGCAGAAGGUUGCCGUGCUGCAGCAGAGUCUGCAUGCCGUUAAGGACGAGAUGUUUCUGAGGACCUCGCUUCAGCGGCAGGCGGCCAUCCUGCACCAUGCCGCCGUUGGCUACAUGCCUCACGUCAGCCAGCAAGUUUCCUCGCCGAGUGGGGGUGGCGGAGGGUGGAAAGGGACCCCUGCUGGUUCGCGUGAUUCACUGUGGGGCUCAGGGAUGUUCUUGGGUACACAGGAAGAGUCAUGCGCCCUCCUGACUCGUCCGCCGGGGCCCCCAGCCACCGCCAAGUAACCCUCACGGUCAUGUCUACGUUCAUCUGGCACGGGGACGGUGCCUGGUGUUGCAUUGUGCUGGUGUGGACACAUUUAUCGCAACCAUUCCCGCUGCAAUUUUACACCUUUCAAACACAAAACUCAACAUCCACUCAAUAGGCAAAGCACAGAACUCGACCUAGCACCCGCUGUUAUUUACACUUCAGAGAAACAUUAACAAGGAUGCCGGGUUUCACGGUGACCCUCGUGAUUCAUAAUGGCUGGCUUUAGAACCGCAUGGAGCCAUUCCUUUUCAUCGCUGAGAAUUUCGUUGAAUGCAAAGUGGAAGACCUUUGGAGAGAUAAAGAGGGCAGAUCAAACUGAAAACCUGCAGGAGCAUUGUAUCCACUUCAAGUGAGACAUACUUGAGCAAAUUACUUUUCAAAUGUCUUUUACCUUUGUACCAUUGUGCAGAAACUGGGACCUAAUUCAAGUGCCGGCAGGUUUCUGCCAAAUUAGCAUUUAGCCAUUGUCCCCCUAAAUUUUGGCAGAAACUAGUCUUUAGCCAUCAUGAUAAUUAGUAUAGGCCUCUUAUCUGGUUAUCUGUACAUCUGAACUUGUGAGUUAUAUUCCAUUUUGAGAAUCUGAGACCGCCAGUCCUUUUAACUUAUUUCCACAAUCAACGAAUUGUUUCUGGGCGAUACUGGCCAAAUGCAGCUGAUGGUUACCAAUCUUGUGUUUGUUGAUUAUGGAUUAUACAAUUCCUCGUGAUUCUUGUGUGUAAGGGACUGAAAUCUGUUAGUAUUGACUCAGCUGUAUGAGACAGCGUCAUGUCUCUAGCCUUCCGCGUCAUCACAUUCUCCCCCUUUCACUUGUAAAUUCAGUUGGAGGAUUUUACCGACAGUGUCUCUUCAAAACCCACGCUGUCUCUCUCGUCUGAUCCGAGUGACAUUUUUUUCUCUUCUUGGUUCUUUCGGUAAAGUCACCACGUAGAAGGGAAAUAAUAAAUGCAAAUAACGCCCAUCACAUGUUCAUUCUCAACUAUUAAACAAAAAAGUCAACUUUUUAUUUUACCAGGUAAGGCCCACUGAGCUUUGUAGUUCUUUCUCAGACGCAGCCUGGACACAAAUGAUAGCUCAACGAAGUGGCUUAUCGCGUGGAAAUGUACAGCAGCCAAAUACUUUAAACGCACGUUUGUGAAUGCGGAGGGAACAACCGGAGGACUCGGAGAAAAAUCCAUGCAACCACAGAGAGAACGCGCAAACACCAAAUAUGCUGCAGGCGUCAGGGUCAGGGACGAACCCACAACCUCCUGUAUACCAGGAAAGGUAGUUAAAAGGUGAGGUUCUUAACAUUCUUGAGGAUAGUGGCUAUUUCAGCUUUCGCAACGUCCAUUUGGAUGUGUCCUAAGCCUUUGAGAUGAUCAUCGUCGUGUGUUUGAAAGGCUCCCCAAUACACACAGAGGGAUACAAGAUGGCUCGGCAAUAGCAGGAGAUAAAGUGGCUUCCCGAUUCGUCUUUGCUGACUUGUGUUAUGCCCUCGUAUGCACGGUGGGUUUUCUCCAGAAGCUAAAGGUGUAUUCAUAUCAAUUCGGAUCUAUCAAAGGGAUGUUGCCGGCAAAAUAUUAUUGGAUUCAGUGAGGCUUUCUCGAUACAUGGAGGAUAGUUUAAAACGUGAGUAUGGAUUCCUGCAUUCACGAAAGCUUCAAAUCAAGAUCACAACGUAAGUUUAUUUCCAUCAUCUCUCCACGAGUGUGAUACAUCGAGGCCAUUAUUUACAAGAGGAUCUUGUGUGCAACGUUUUUCCCCAACGCCCUGUCUUGUGUUUUUUGCGAGAGAGAGAGAGAGAAAAUGGAAACGGUGAAAACUCCACGUGUACCGGGGAUAGCAGCCCCCAAGGGUCGUCGCGGGCACUUUUAAAAAUGCCCAUUUAAUUUUAAAUGCACUGGUGCGUGUUGUCUGCUGCGCGGUUUGCAACUGUGACCGUCAUACAUAGUCAUUCACCCUGCGUUGACCCUGGCAAUGAGUGCGCACCUCGGUGUCUUUGCAACGAAUGAUCGUCGAUUGCCGGUUAUUGAUUUCUUCCACAUUUUUUUGUGAGAUCUAAUAAUCACAUUUGGGUGACACAAUUGUUAGCGCACUGAGCUAUGAACCCAGCGACUUCAGAAUAAGAAUUUGUAUUCGUACUGGAGGAAUCCGAUGAGCUAUUAAGCUCUUUUUGACAGAUGUCCAGUCGGGGCACGGGGUAAGCGCGUUACAACAGCAAGCGGUACAAAAGCACGAUCGGAGUGCAAAGUACAAGUAAGGUAAUCAAAUCACCCAAAGACAUACAAAUUAAAAUAAACCAUCCCCAUUCCACCAGGCAAAGCCCACUGAGGUAUUAACUCGUUUUUCAGAAGCGAGACCUGGCCACAAAUGAAAGCUCAACAAAUAAACUUAAGUUUAUCAUCUUGGUUCUUUCGGUAAAGUCACGUAGAAGGGAAAUAAUAAAAUAAUGAAAAUAAAACAUUAAAUAAAAUUCUCACGACGUUUCGGCCACAACGCAAGCAGCCGUCCUCAGGUGAAGAACAGGGCUGUCGGAAAGACAGUGUCCCAAUGAAAUUUUAAUCGAAAUUUAACUUAAGUUUAGUUUCUGGCCACAGCUAAACUCAGUGGAGCAUGAGAUUUCAACUGGUCCUGCACCCCCCUUCCCCUUCAUCAGUCCGUACUUCUUUCUUUCCCAUGGCCGAUGUAGUUGCAUACAUUUUUUCAUUGACUGGUUCAGUGGUGUUGGCCGUGAGCAGGAAUUGAACUCUGGUCGCCAGGUAUGUAGCGUGGCGCCCUUAAGGGGCCGUCCAUAAAUGACGUCACGCGAUUUUGGACGGUUUUUUGACCCCCCCCCCCUUCGUCAUACGGCAUCACAAAAAGUCAGACCCCCCCUCAAAUAUGACGUCACAAAGCUCUGCCCCACCCCCCCCCCCAAAAAAAAAUCAAACAUGCUUCAAAUCGCUUUAAACUAUUGUCAUUGUAGUGCGUAUUUAAUGUGGCGCUGCAAUCUGAUGUUGUUGGAGAAAACAUUUAUUAAAAAGUCUAUUUAAUUAAGUAGAACGUGUUGUCUAUAUUUAAAGUUGCGCAUUUUGAUGUGACGUCACAUUUCUCAAACCCCCGCCCCCUCGUCACACAUCGUCACGAAUGUCUGACCCCCCCCCCCCUAGGUGCGUGACGUCAUUUAUGGACGGCCCCUAACACUUGCGCCACCGCUCCACACACCACCAGCACCAAAACGAAAUUUAAAUCCAAGCGGGAACCUGUCAUACAGGAAUAUCGUGCAAGGUAUUACCUGGUUCAGAUACAAUGAAAACACGAGAGUUUAAACAGAGCACAGUAAUGGUAUUAUAUAUACGGAGUGGUAGCUCUUGUAAUCUCUCAUUUACUUGAUACAGCUGUCGUGGCUGUGACGGUUCCACCUGAAGACGGAGGCUUGUGUUGCCUCCGAAACGUCGUGAUUUUUUAUUUUAUUUUACUUUUAUUAAUUUAAUUUCAAUUUUUUUACCUACGUGACUUUACCGAAAAAACCUAAGAAUAUGAAUCCUUGCAGUCACGAAAGCUUCAAAUCUAGAAUUAAUGGUAUCAUCAAAUCGACUGUGCACUAUCGUUCAGCGCUGUGGUUUAUUUCCGUGUCGUUGUUUGGCCGUGCUAAUCUUGGAGGUGUGUCAACGAGACUCACGGGGGAUGCGUCGUUUAUAUGAUUGCUGUGCGUUUGUAACAAUUUGCGAAUAUCACUUUCGGAGUCCUGUUAACGUACAAUUUCACCUCAAUCUCGAGUUUCCGUGGUUGUUGUUGUUGAUCAGAUAUGUUAUCGAUGCCCUGUUUUGCCUGUAUGAUUUUUGAAAUCAAUAUCCGUGCGAUGUAACCCGGGACACUCUUUGCGAACAAGACCAUGCUUCGUGUUG